GUUAAAAGCCGGGUGCCGGGGAUGUGUGACUCGCUCGCGCUCUCUGAUCGCCGGAGCUGAGCUCGAGCCUCUCACGCCAACUCCACCGUCAGUGACGUCUGCGUCACGUGUCCCGCCUCUUCCCUCAGCACGUCCGUCGUAUUUUCCUCCCCUCCACUGCCUGAAAAGCCCGAGCUCUGAGAGCCACACAAAAUAAACAGGCGCUAAAAACAAGGGGGGAGGUCAGUGUUGGGACUGGUCUGGCACCGGUGUCACGGUUCUAACCCGGCGGGAGACAGAGGGGGGCUCACACCUAUAACUUCCCAUCAGUGAAGCCCGAACCUCGGGCAGGUCUUGGCUCCACUGAGCUCCUGCUAUUAUUGUAAACUUUUUGCUGAGCUCCUACACGGAGAGGUUUUUUAAUCAAAAGAGCAGUGAGAACUUCAAGUGGACCUAUGGACAACAAGUACUGCGGUCCUCCUUCCCCCGCGUCUGGUCUAUAGUCGGCUUGCAUUCUCGCUCGCACCCCGCCCACUCUCAUUUGUCCAAGCCUUCUCACCCUGCGGUCUCACCAUGGCUAGCAAAAGGAAAUCUACUGUUCCCUGUAUGAUACCGAGCAAGGUUAUACGUCCUUUAGAGGAGGUUGAUCAGGACUCGGUUCUUCUCCGUCAGACCAAGAUUUCUGCAGUGGAGAAACACGUCCACAUAGACCCCGGGGAGUCCUCUAAACCAGAGGUGGUGAACAUUGACAAGGAAGGUGCUGGCACCUACACCUGUAAGCCUUGUAACUUUGAAACCCAUGAUCUUAAUUUGUUCCUGGAUCACGUCUACAGUGGGCACCCAGACUUCCGCGCAGACCCCAGUUUCUUAUGUUUGAGCUGCGGGAUUUCGGCACCCAAGUUUGAGGGUCUGGCCCUGCACAAUGCCAGAGUUCACCCCAGCACGUGGAACACCACGUUACAACUGAGGAAGAAGGACAAAGGGGUCGUGGUGGAGCAGAAUCUGAUCAUUGAGGCAGAUUCGGGCAAGGAUGCAGAGAUUACAAUAAGCAAAACCCCCAUUAUGAGGAUGCUGAAGGGCAAGUCGGAGCCCAAGCGGAUUAUGGUGUCUCACUCGGUCUGCAGCGAUUCCUCCCCAGACCCUCACUCUGUCGCUUCGUCCAGAGAUGUGGAGAGAAAAGAGACUGCUGCAGUGAAGGUCGCCCACGUUCCCACAAUAGUUCAAAAUGGAAUCACCAAGGUCACGCUACCCUCGGCAAUUCAGAUAGUUAACGGCUCUGGAGCGUUACCUGUGCUCAAAACCCCGAUCUCACAGGUGGUUUCAGUGGUUCAGAACAGAAGCACAAUCACAACCUCCUCUGCCUCUCCUUCCUCCUCUGAAAACCUUCCCAAAGUGAUGAUUCCGUUAAGCAGCAUCCCUACAUACAGUGCCUCCAUGGACUCCUCCUCCUUCUUGAAGACCUCCUUCAAUAAGUUCCCGUACCCCACCAAGGCUGAGCUGUGCUACCUAACUGUGGUCACAAGGUUCCCCGAAGAGCAGAUAAAGAUCUGGUUCACAGCCCAGAGACUUAAACAGGGCAUCAGCUGGUCUCCUGAGGAGAUCGAGGAGGCCAGGAGAAAGAUGUUCAACACCAUCAUCCAGACGGCACCAUCCAGCAUGCAGCAUCAGACCCACAGCCAACACAGUCAGCACACCAUCACAGUCCUGCCCGCGUCACUGGGGGCCGCUGGGAUCCCUCAGAUCCUGCAAGGGUCUCUCGUCAGCCAGGGCGGAAUCGUCACGCAGCCUGUGAUGACCAACGGUAUCCAGGUCAACAGUGCUCCUGUAGCUCUGGCCGUCACACCUAAACCCCAGGCCGCAGCUCGUCCCAUGAUGCAGGCGCGGCCUGCCGCAGCCCUGGUGGCAGACAAAGGUGUCAGCAUGUUUGUGGGGACAGUAGGCAGCAGCAGCAGCGGGAGCACGGUUAUUAGCAUGAGCAAGGCGGUGCGGAGUGGGGGAGGGGUUUUGAAUAGCAUUGUUAGUAGCAGUCAAGCCAGUGUCAUCAACCUCAGUCUUGGAGGCAGUGGUCACAGUAAGGUGAGCGGUGUCAACGGUAAACACAGCGUAGCUAAUGCAGACUGCAGUAACAAGAGUAGAAUUAAUGCUCGCGGCCAUGUAAAUGAUAAGAACAGCGACGUCAGCGUUGUGCAGAGUGUAACCACGGACGGUAAAAGCACCACAGACAGCAAAAAAGGCAACAAAAACAACACAACUAGCACAAGCACAGAUGAUGCUGACCCCACCGGUACGGACCCUCUGUCCUUCAAAAUGGAGGAUGUUCCUUCCCCUGGCUCCAAAUCUUCCUCCCCGUCCCCUUCAGCUCCCAUCAGCAGCGCGUUUGGCUCGCGGACACCCGUGAACGCAUUCCUGGACCCAAGCUUUUUCAAGAGCAAGAAGUCUCAAGAGCAGCUCAAUGCUCUGAAGGACAGUUUCCAGGUCACUCAGUUUCCCGGCCAGGAGGAGGUGGAGCGCCUCACUGCACUGACUGGGCUCGCCGUGCGAGAAGUCCGCAAGUGGUUCAGCGAUCGGCGCUACCACUUCCGCAACCACAAAGGCCCGCGCACAAGCACAGGUGCACAGAACAAUAGAUCUGGCACUACUGUGGGAACAGGGAGUGGAACAAGUACACCAGGGAGUGGCACGGCUGGCAGUACCAACCCUGGUGACUUGUCAGAAAGCGGCAGCAGCAACAGCAAUUCUGGUGCUAAAACACCGCAGCACAGCUCUGCAGCUCACAGUCCAACUGCAACACAGACUCCCACUUCACCCUCCACACCAUCGCGUAGACACCACAGACCACCUUCUCCUGAUUUCACAGCGAUCCGCUACAAGGAGAGGGAACCCCAUCAGGUGAAAGCACUAGAAUCCAGUUUCGCCCAGGACCCUGAUCCAGCCGAGGAAGAAGUGGACAGACUGCGAACCGAGACCAAGAUGACCAGAAGGGAAAUCCACAGCUGGUUCUCAGAGAGGAGGAAGAGAGCAGCAGCAGAGAAGAAGAAGGAAGAGGAGGCAGAUCGUAUGAGAGUGGGGGAGGAGGGGGAGGACGACGAUGAGAGACAGAGAGACGACGGCUCUGGAGAACUGAAAGUGAACCCUAUCAAAAUCAAUCUGAAGAUGCUGAAGGUGACAGAGGCCAGUGGCAAAGCGGACGCAGAGGGGUUGGACACCUCAGUUUCACCACCUGCAUCCUCCCCAGGCUCCGCCCCUUCAUCUAACCCCAAAUCCUCCCAGUCCUCCAUCUUAGCACACAAACCCUCCCUGUCCUCCACGUCUGCUCCCAAACUAUCGCACUCCCCCAAACCCUCAACUGGCCGAGGUAAGAAGACGGCAGAGCAGCUUCACAUGCUCAAGCAAGUGUACGCUCGCACCCAGUGGCCCACUGCGGCCCAGUACGACGACCUCAUCUCCACGUCGGGACUGACCAGACCUGAAGUGGUGCGCUGGUUUGGAGACUGUCGCUACGUGCAGAAGAACGGUCAACUGAAGUGGCUGGAGGAGUAUCAGAAGACGGCUCUGGAGGACGAUCUGCUGAGGGAGAAAACGCAGAUCCUGCAGACUCACCUGGAGAACCACGGCAUGCUGGACGAGACGCAGUUGCAGGAUCUGGUUGAGCAGAGCGGCUUAACUGCAGACCUGGUCAAACACUGGUUCACCACCAAGGCCACUUUACUCCAGACGGAGCCAAAAAACCACGUCACCGCCUGCGCUGCAGAACUGGAACCUGUGGUACCGGGCAUGGCCGCCCAGCCGCAACCGACAGGCUCCUCCCCUCUGGAGUCCCAGCCGGGAGGAGGAAGUGAGGAGAAGAUGGAGCAGUCCGUGUGUGGCGGUGUUGCGGCGGACGCAGAGGAAGUCGACGCCGACAAGACCUUGGAUCCCACUGAAGGUGACUGAAGACAAUUUUAGUCUGAAGAUGGCGCUCACGGGCAGGUGAUUGGACUUUUUGUGUUGAGGAAAAGAUGGCACACGCUGUUACUGGAUCACUGGAUAGAAAACACAGACAUCCUUCCUUCCUUCCUUCAUUCAUUCAUUCAUUCAUUCACUCACACCCCCCCUCACUGUCUCAGUCACACCCUCAGAGGAAGCGAUGACCUCUACGUGAGAUGACCGUUAAAACCACCAACCCCCCUCAUCACCAGUGUCCUCUCUCACGUCCACCAUUUUACCUUGAGAGUGCAGAGGAGGAGGGGGGAGGAGGAGGGGGAGGAGAGACUGAGGCGUUUCUCUGCAGCGUCACGCGUCACCUACUGGAUUCAGACAAAAGCAAAAACACAACAACAUGGGGAAGAAGAACAAACAAAAUCACAGACUUAGUCAUCAGCAGACAUGUCGGUGUUCAGGUUUAGAAGCCGGUUAUCCAUCGAGUCGACCCUCGACAAAGAGCCGCAGGGUGUUUUUCUAACGGCCAUAAGCUGCUCACCCGACGCUGAUCCUUUACUUUUUUAAUUUCUGACAAACAAAACGAUAGAAAGGCAGGAGGACGCGGUAGAUGAAGACUUUGUGGAAUCAUGGUUUGUGUUGUAGCAUCGACUGCUGCUGCUGCUUCUUCUUCUUUAACGUCACUGACGUGUACUAAAGUACGUACGUUUGUCAUCAUGGAACUUUCUUACGGAAUAAAUUUGACUGUAAAAGAACUGUGAAACCUUUAGCAGAGUUCCAUAACUUAGGCUUGAUGUAUAAUUUUUACAGACUGUAUUUGCAGAAUAAAUAAGAAUGUAAUAAA